CAAAAUUGGGGUGAAAGGAUGAGAAAAUCGCUGCGCUUUUGUUAACGCGCCACGCCCCCCACAGAGGCCGACUGUACUUUUGGAAAAAUGUCCUUGCUGCGAAAUUUGCUGGCCGUCCGGGUGUCCCGCAUCCCCAUUCGACUGAUGUCCGGCGAACCAGGCAGUGGAGCUGGAAAGGGUGGUGGUGGCGGCGGCUCCAUCAGGGAGGCUGGUGGUGCCUUCGGAAAGAUGGAGGCUGCCAGGGAAGACGAGUAUUUCUUCAAGAAGCAACAAGAGCAACUGCACAAGCUGAAAAAUGAAUUGCACGACGAGAUCCACUUCCACGAGGAGCAAAUCCAACGUCACCAGGAGGCCAUCAAGCGCCAUGAGAAGCGAGUGUCUGACAUGGACAAGAAUAAGUGAUGAGGUUUGAGGAAGACUGGCAGGCCGAUAGGUCGAAUGUAACAAAACGUGUCUGAUGAGAGGCCUGUUCUUGUUCAUUAGUUGAAUUAAAAAAUUAGACUUUUAGGUGUUUAUAUCCCAUCAUUCUGUGUGAUUAUUCACUACGUAUUGAUUUAUCAUGUGUACAAUUUUUGUUGUUGAGAAAUACAUACAUAACUGUCCAAAUAAAAAUAUCCCCCUAUUCUUCACACAUUAA